CCCCUCAAGCUGAAAAGAAGCUUGACCGACUUCAGCCCGUGCUCCCCUGCUCUGAAGGUUCCAGAGGUCCUGAUGUGCCCUGUCUGCAUUGACCCCGACAGCGCGCGCUCCCACCAUCGAGAGAGGCUCGCGGAACCGUUCGGCCGCAGGGAGAAUUUCCCUCACUUGAAUCGCUUCAACGACACGUUCGAGAAGUUCACGCCCCGUCGCCACCAGACAUUUGCUUCGGCGCCCACUUUGGCGGAGCGGGCCCUGAGUACUGGGGCCGAGCAGCGCGUGCAAGAGCUUCGGGGCGGUUCGGCGACCGCACCCGCAGCGCCGACCGUGGCAGAGGCGGCCCAGGUCGUCGCCAGGGUCGCCGCGGCGCUCCAGCGGCACGUCAUGCAGCUGGUGGACAAUCACUGUGGCCCGGCGCCAAGCGGAGUGCAAGGCCUCGACCUCAUGCCGCCGGAGUGGACUCAUGCAACCUUUCCCGUGCUCGCGCGCCUCGCCCUCCGCCACGAGCACUCGAUCAACCGCCUCGAGGCCGCCUCGUACAGGCGCGCGCAGAUGCCGAGCAAGCACGACGUGAUCAAGGCGAUGCAGCUGACGGCGAAGUUCCACGGCAGCGAGGCGGCGAGGCUCCGCAAGGACAAUGCGCAAGCGCUGGCCGCGGGGCAACUGGUGCAGGCGCUCGAAGAUCUUGGCAUUCCUCAUCCUCACGUCUUACUGGCCCUGGUCGGGGCGCUUAUCGCUCAGGGAGACAAGAUCGGACAGCUCAACUUGCAAGCCCUGAAAUCGUACAUGGCCACUGUCAACCACGAGAAGCCCAGCGACGCGUUGCUGGCCGACAAGAUCCACCAUUGCCGCAUGCAGACGACACACACGGGAGAGUUCGUGAAGUUGUGGCUCAAGGUCGAUCCCCCCGAGCUCGAGAACGCGGUCGUGGCCGCGCUGGUUCAGCUCGGCGGCCAGCACAAACACGGCGCCCCUCCCAGGAGCCACGGAGCUCGCGUGAUGCAGGUUCACUUGGACGCCCUCGAG